AUGUCUCCCCUUCUAUUUGUGCUUAUUAUGGAGUGUUUGACUAGGAGCCUUCAACAUGCUACUCAGAUUUCUAAAUUCAGAUAUCACCCCAUGUGUAAGAGCCUUAAGCUUAUCAAUUUGUGCUUUGCUGAUGAUUUGAUUCUUUUUUGUAAAGGAACUCGUUCGGAUGUUAGCAUUUUUAAAGAGGUCCUAGUGAAGUUUAGUGCUGCUACUGGUCUCUCUAUAAAUGCUAAUAAGUCUGAUAUUUACUUUGGAGGAGUCACUGCAACCGAGAGAAGGAUUAUUGCCCAAGAGAUUCAGUUACCUGAAGGAUCCUUCCCUCUUAGGUAUCUUGGGGUGCCUAUGAGGCCUACUAAGUGGAGACAUGAGGAUUGUGAUAUAAUUCUUCACAAAAUCAUAUUGAAACUGUUGUCUUGGACCAGUAGGCAUCUGUCCUUUGCAGGUCGAAUGCUUCUCAUUCACUCAGUUCUUUUUGGUCUUAGGAAUUACUGGAUGAGUGUCUUUGUCUUACCUCAGAGCAUUAUUAAGGAGGUUGAGAAGAUUUUCCGAGGAUUUCUGUGGGGAGCUUCAGGGAACAGGAAAAAUUCGGAUUUAGUUUGGGUCAAAUGGAUCAAGGAUAUCUAUCUGAAGGGUGUCAAUUUCUGGAAUUAUAUUUUGAAACCAGAUAGUAGCUGGUAUUGGAGGAAAUUAUGCCAUUUAAGGAGCAAAUUCAGUAAGACAGAGAUACUUGCUGCUGGGGUUUCAGGGAGGUUUAAGCCUUCGAAACUGUAUAACAGUACCUUAAACCAGCAGCUGGUGGGUUAUCAUCAUGCUGUUUGGUGUAAGCUGACUCUCCCUAAGCACUGA